GUUGGUGUUCGUGUCAAUAAUAAUAUAAAUCUGAUAGCUAUUCACUGGAAUAUUGUUAAUUUCUUAUUGUUGUCAAUGAUUUCGUCACUAUGUGUCGUUUAGUAUAAAGUAUAACAUCAAUCAACAAAAACCUACUUAACCACUUAGGCAGUUAUUAUUUUGGCUUCAAACUCUAGUAUAUAGUGACAAAUAUUUAAAUAACGUUGACGUACCUGUUUAAUAUUUUUAGUUUUAAAGAUAUUGUUUUGUUUGAUCUUUUUCUAUAAUUUAAAUAACCAUUUUGCUGUUGUGUUUUGUAUUAAAAAAAAUAAAUCGGAAUUCCCUUCAAGUCAAUUAGUGGUUAGUAGGUAUAUAUUUUCAAAUCUUCAGGCAAUUUUUAAAAUGAGACACAUUUACCCACAUUCCAUUUCAAAUAAUUCAGCAAACAGAAGUCAAAAUAUGAGUUCACAACCAAUUGAAACAGAGUCAGAUGUUACUGAAGCUAAUGAUAGUGAUACUGCUGAUUCAUAUCAAAUUGUUUCAAGUACUACAGACGAUCUAUUGUUUAAAAGUAAAGAAGCAUUAAAUUCUUCCGAAGUAUCUAUUUCAUCUACUGACGAUAGCAAUGUUAAUAUAUCAAAUUAUGCGAAGACAGUUGAGCGUAAAUCCAGAUCCAGAUCCCGGUCAUCUUCUAAUGAUUCCUCACAUUCUCAGUCAGAUUCUUCUGCGUCCGGUACUAGGAAUAAAUCUAACUUAAAGUCUAAAUCUCGACCAAGAAAAAUGUUGCAAAGUCUGUCAAGAUCUAGAUCAAAGUCUCGUUCAAGAUCUAAAUCUAGAUCAUCUUCUGUAUCGUCAGUGGGUUCUCAUUCAUCUUUUAAAAAAAGUAAAAUAAAACGUAAAAUUGUAUCCGAUUCUGAAGAUGAUGAUCUUCCAAUUAAAAAUGAAGUUGAUUCUGAUGAUGGCCAAGGUCAAGAACCAGAAGAUAACAUAGUUCAGAAAAAAAAAUUUAAAAAGGUUAAAAUUAUGUCAGAUUCUGAAUCUGAAGAAGAUGAUGAUAUCAAAAAUACACAUGUUACGAGUCCAAUUGUUCGUAAAGAGCACGCUAUAUCUGAUGAUGAAAAUACAGAGAUGGAGAAGACAUUGGAUGUAGCUGAAGUGUUGCCAGAACUAUCGGAUGAUUCUGAUAAAGAAGAUGAUCCAAGUGCAGCAAUUGGCACAAGUACUAGCAAAAGCAGUGCUAAUAAUGAAAACGAAGAUGACCCUGAUGAUCCCGACGAACGUGAUAAUCAGAAUAGUGAUAAUAAUCCAGCAUCAGAUUUUGAACUUAUGAUGAUGCGAAAAAAAGAAGAACAAACAAUGAAACGUCGCAGGAAAGAUAUAGAUAUUAUAAAUGACAAUGAUGAUAUUAUUGCUGGAUUAAUUGGUGAUAUGAAACAUGCUGCUGAAUGUGAUCGACAAUUAAACAAAGAAGGAAAACCAGCAAUUAACAAAAUAACUAUGCUGCCGAAAUGUUUAUCACAGCUUAAAAAACACAAUUUGAUGUUAGCUUUUAUUGAGCACAAUGUAUUAAAUGUUUUCACUGAUUGGUUAGCACCUAUGCCAGAUAGAAGUUUGCCUUCAUUGCAAGUCCGCGAGUCAUUGAUAAAACUUUUAGCUGAUUAUCCUCCAAUUGAACAAUCUACUCUCAAGUAUUCUGGAAUUGGCAAGGCUGUCAUGUAUUUGUACAGACACCCAAAAGAAACUAAAGAAAAUCGAGAACGUGCUGGUCGUCUUAUAAAUGAAUGGGCUCGUCCAAUUUUCAAUUUGUCAACAGACUUUAAAGCAAUGUCUAAAGAAGAAAGAGAAGAACGAGAUUUGGAACAAAUGCCUAGGCGGAAGCGUUCAAGUAUAGAUGAUAAUAAACAUGAUGAUGAUGAUGAUGAUGACGAUGAUGGUCCAAGAACAUUAAAACCCGGUGACAAAGGUUGGAUAGCCAGAGCCCGUGUACCUACUCCAUCUAAUAAGGAUUAUGUAGUUAGACCAAAGUCAAUGACAGAUGCUGAUAUUUCAAGGGCUGUAAAGCGACCAAUGAACCGUUUUGAAAAGCACUUAAAGAAUUAUAUGGAUAGCAAGAGAAAUAAUCAAUCUAAGCGUGCAGUUCCGAUAUCAAUAGAAGGAAGAAAAAUGGGGUUAUAAAUAUUUUUAUUUUGUAACUGUGUUUAUUUUUAGAUUAUUGUAAAAACUGUUUGAUUAUCAGUAUAUUUUAAUUUUUCAUUGAUUUAGUACUUAAUUCAAGAAGUUCAUUAGCUAUAAAAACAAUAUUACUUUUAAGUACUUAACUUAGUCAACAUUUGUAUUAGUUUAUUUUUAAUUAUCUUUUAAAAAUUAAUUACAUUUAAUACUUCAAUAAGUUUCUAUGAUAAUAUUUGUUUAUAAUUAUAUAUAAUAACAUUGCAUUAGAUUAAUCAUCCAUUAAGAACACAAUCAAGAUAAACAUUUUGUUCAUUUGUAGUUGGACAAAAUUAAGUAUUAAAUAAAAAAGUACUUUUAAAUUGAAUGUAUGUUAUUUUUUCUUAAAAUGUUAUUUGUAUAAGUUAAAAUUCUAGUUUUAUACUAUACUAGCUGUCCCCGUGCACUUUGACUCCCGUACAAAAAAGUAAUAGUCCGUUUGGGCGAGUGAAAUUAUUUUUACCUUUAUACGAAAUAAAAACCUGAUGACAGAUA